GUGGGUCUCCUGCGCGCUCCCGUAACCAUGUCGCCAUUUUGAUUCGAAAAAUAUGACUGAGUUUUUCCUGCUUUGCAUGCUAAACUUAGCACCGCGUUUAAAUUACUUUGGACGAAUUGUACACUCUUUAUCCGACUGAGGUAUAGUUAUUAAUGUCAAGGACGCGUUAAGGUCGGGGAAGUGUUUAUUUGACAGACUUCAAAGACACUAACUGACUAACGGUAGCUAAGUUGAGCUAAGCUAACUGUAGCUGUCGCCUUUUUUCAUAACAAAUCACAUUUCGCUCACAGUCUGAAACAGACGGUAGGAAUAGCAGAGGACUUUCAAUCAAAGGUUAUGGUGAGCCUCUCAGAGUCUCAUCUCCUAAAGAGGCCUGCGUUUUAAGAGGAGACCCAUGCUGAUAAAUGCCAGGCCUCGCCACACUCUCUGUCGUCUGCACAAACACAAAUGCCUGCCUGCCCGUGGGGGAGGUCUGAUUAAAGAUAUCCAUAUUUCAUCCACUGGGCUGUGUCCCCCGUCCCAGCGGCCACCAUGUUUUGGAAGUUCGACCUGCACACCACCUCCCACAUCGACCAGCUGCUGGACAGGGAGGACGUGUCGCUGAGAGAGCUGAUGGAGGAGGAUGACGUCCUGCAGGAGUGCAAAGCCCAGAACCGCCGGCUGCUCCUCUUCCUCUCCCAGGAUCACUGCAUGCAGGAGCUGGUCAGCCUCAUCACCACAGAGCCCCCCGUCGACCUGGAGGAGAGGAGCCGCUUUAAGUUUCCAAACAUCGCUUGUGAGCUCCUGACGUCAGAUGUGUCGCUUAUAAACGACAAAUUAGGCGCAGACGAGUCUCUCCUCGAGGUGCUUUAUCACUUCCUGGAGCAGGACCCGCCCCUCAACCCUCUCCUGGCUAGCUUCUUCAGCAAAACCAUCGGCAAUCUCAUCGCUAGGAAAACCGAACAGGUGAUUACCUUUCUAAAGAAAAAGGAAGGCUUCAUAGGUCUGGUGCUGAAACACAUUGACGCCUCUGCCAUGAUGGACCUGCUGCUUCGCCUCAUCAGCUGUGUGGAGCCCGCCCCCUUGAGACAGGAAGUCCUCCAUUGGCUGAAUGAGGAGAAGUUGGUACAAAGACUCACCGAGCUCAUCCACACUGGCAACGAUGAGGAAAGACAAUCAAAUGCAUCCCAAACGCUUUGUGACAUCAUCCGCCUUAGUCGAGACCAGGCCAAUCAGAUGCAGGAGAAUAUGGAGCCAGACCCACUAUUGGCUGUUCUAGAGUCGCAGGACAGUGUAGCCGGGCUCCUCAAGAACAUGUUUGAGGGCGAGAGGAGUGAGGCCUCCUUUGUUAACGGAACUCAAGUGCUACUUACCCUACUGGAGACCAGGAGGUCUGGGUUGGAAGGGCUGAUGGAUCUGUAUUCUCAGGGUUAUGAAAGGUCUUACACUGUCAACAGCAGUAUUUUAAAUGCCAUUGAGCCCCAUUUAAAGGACUUCCAGCAGCUUCUUCUGGAUCCCCCCAAGAAAAGUGCAAUAUUGACGACGGUGGGCCUUCUGGAGCAGCCUCUUGGGAACGCCCGGCUCCACGUGGCCCGGCUGGUGGCCGCGCUGCUGCAGACCAGCGCCCUCACCAUCUGCCAGGAGCUCUGCAACCUGACCACCAUGGACCUACUACUGGAUCUGUUCUUCAAAUACUCCUGGAAUAACUUUUUGCACUUCCAAGUGGAGCUGUGUGUGGCGGCCAUCCUGAACCAUCCCUCUUCUUCAGAGGAGCGACCCAGCCCGGCUCUCCAGAACCACGACGUGAAGCCCGAAGCACCAAACUCUGAGGGGCAGGAGGAGACCUCGGAGACGGGCACGACCAUCGACCCUCAGACCUCCCUCCACAACGCCCUCGUAGCACAUCUCUUCCAAAAGUGUCAAUUGGUACAGAGAAUCCUUAACGCCUGGGAAGAGAAUGACAAAAUACAGGGUGAGGGCGGCACAAGAAGAGGCAACAUGGGUCACCUGACCAGAAUUGCCAACAUGGUGGUCCAAAACCUGGAGAAAGGACCAGUACAGGCCCAGAUCAGUGACCUCAUCAAAGAGCUGCCAGAAGACUGCAGAGGUCGCUGGGAGAGCUUCGUGGACCAGACCCUGAGAGAAACCAACAGGAGGAACACGGUGGAGCUGGUGAGCACCCACAACAUGCACUCGUCCAGUGAAGACGACGACAUGGAGAGCCCCUUCCCCAAUGACCUGUCUCUCCAGCAGGCCUUCUCUGACUAUCAGAUCCAGCAGAUGACCGCCAACUUCGUGGAUCAGUUCGGCUUCAAUGAUGAGGAGUUCAGCGAGCACGAUGAAAAUAUCAAUGCCACAUUUGACAGAAUUGCUGAAAUAAACUUCAAUCUAGAUGCUGAUGAUAAUAGUGCCAACGCAGCUGCUUUUGAAGCCUGCUGUAAAGAACGGAUACGCCAGUUUGACGACGCUGAGGAUGAGGAGGACAUCUGGGAGGAGAAGGAAAUGAACUAUGCAACACAAGCUAAAUCCAGAACAAGGUUUGGGGUCUCCCAAACCUCAGAGGAAAGCUCCAGGGGCAGCAUGGAGAACGGCGGCAGGGAUCGGGACCACGGAUCUGGAUCUGAUGAGGAGGAGGAGGAAGAGGAGGAGGAGGAGGAGCAGGAGGAGCAGCCUGUGCAGAACGCACAGAACGCAUCAGAGUCAGGUCCAGGCUGGACGGCAAAUUUCAGGGAGUCUGGAGGGACGGCAGCUUCCCAAACGGCACCAGGGUGGGACAGCUCGUCGAGGAGCGGAGCGGGGACGCAGGGAAGUGGCUGGGCCAACUUCACCGAGUUCCAGCCUUUCUCCGGCACAGAGACGGAGCCCAGGUGCAGCUCCCCGGUGGCCUCGGACAGUAGCGCUGCAGAAAAACAAGCCAAACCAAACCAAGAGAAAAGUGAUGUUAGUGCCUCAGCUGCUGAUUGGCCGGUGGGCGAAGGGAAGAAGGCUCCCGUCGUGGCCUCCGACAGCAGCUCCUCCAGGGGGUCCGACAGUGAGGAAGACGACAAAAAACUGUCUGGAGCUCCUCCCACUGUAGCCGUCACCGCGGAGACAGCCGCCGUCAACAAGACAGCGGACCCAAAAAGUGAGGAGAGCACGCUGUCUCUGGAGAAACUCUCUCUGUCAGAUCCUCCUGCUGCAGAUCCAGCCGUCACCUCACACACUGACAGGAAGGAGGAAACGCCCCCCCCACAGGAAGUGUCGGUCAACGGCCCGGUGUGAGACUGCUGAAAAUCCACCAGAGACCCCCCUCCCCCCCAAAAAACCACCUCACUGCACCCCCCACGGUGUUUUUACUGAAUCACUCGGCCAUGGUAUUGGACCUGGACACUGCCAAUCAACACCAACAAAGAGGUGGUGGAACAUGUUAAUACAGAGAGAGAAAGAUUAUUCAGAAACCAAACGGACAGGGGUGCAGAGGAGUCAUCUUCAACGCCUUUUUUUCCACGGUUGCACAUGAUUACGUGCGGUUUUAAUGUAGCAGCGAUCUUCAGAAGGAACAAUCAGAGGGGGUAACAUCGUCGUCAUCGUUAUUUUUUUUAAGAUUUCCUCUCCUACUCGUCGGAAGCUGUCGGGAGUGCCGUUUGUUUUGGGGGCUUUUUACACGGUCGGCCCCCGAAUGGAUAGCACAGGCUAACUUUUAAUGAUGCCUCAACAAUAAAUGUUUUAUAAAUAAAGACUUUUCUUCGUCAGGCUUAAAGAGAGAGCACUUAUGCAGCCAUUUACUGUACAUUAUAGCACAAUGUAAGUGUCUGUCUCUCACCCACAUCGAGGUUUUUAAUCUUCAUUUCUCUCAAACAUCUUGUCGUACGUCACCAGGUUUCUGAAUGUCCUAACGAGGGUCAGUGAGGAAGAGGAAGAGGAGGGUGAACAGAGCUCUAAAGUAUUACUGUCUUUUGCUCAUGUGCAAUAAUAUCAAUUAGCCAUUUUAUUUAAAAAUAAUUCAAUCUAGUGUUUGAGGCUCCUUUUGGUUUAGAGAAAUUUGAUCUGAUUUUAAAACUGUUUUUCUUUGUAGUGCAUGUAUAACUGUUCUCUGUUGACCUAGCUAGUGAGCUAAGACCUUCUGAUUGUAUUGACAUGUACGUUCUUAUUGCUAUCCCCCAUUCAAAAUCAACCAAACAUUAUCUACCUAUAUACAAAUAUUAUCUACGUUUUAAAGUAAUUUUACAAGCAAUCUUGAGAUUACUGUCGUCUGUUCCUUUUCUCUUUCUCUCCACCGAGCACGUCUAACUGAGCGACGCUGUAUGUUUUUAUUUUUUAAAGUUUAAUUUUAUUUGUCUCUGAGCAUCAGGAUUGGAAAGAGGGCAGGUCUGGGUUUAAUGCAGAGCUGCAGGCCUUUUUUUUUUUUUUUUGUGUACUUCCUUAAAUCAUCUGACAGCGAUCAGGUUCUACGAUCAUUGUUUGAAAAUAAAUUUGAAAUUAAAAGCG